GAAGGUACUUCUAGUGAAGCCGGUAUAUAAGCAUCAUCUCUUUGCAUUUAUGUUAAAUUUAACUGUGAAAAUUGAAGUGAAGACAUUGUGUGGUGAAAUUGUAUUUUUUUUUAAUUCAAUAAAUAAUUGUUCAGUUUUCAAGAAAGUGAAAUUUUCUGUAACAACGUCACAACACUGGCAUGUCGUUAAAACAGAGUUUGGUGCAAUGCUUGGAAGAAAUAAAAACUCUUAACCUCGUCCACGACGUCCGAACGCGACCGAGCAAGGGGAAGGCCGAGAGGGCGCUCAACCUCAUAUACCAGACCGGAUUGAAACAAACAACCUUUACGGAAGACGAAAAGAAAAACAUCGGGGCACUCUUAGCUAAAUCCAUUAAGGCCAUUCAGGUGAACAUCGAAAGCACCGCCAACGUCGACCGCACUCGCCUCGAGAAUGCUGUGUUGAUGAAAAGAUCAGCUAUUCAGUUCCUGCUUGAUAAUUACGGCAGCUUCCCCGUAGGAAACUCCACUCUCAAAAACGAGCUACAGAAAGCCAACAUCUCCGAGAGCAUUGAGAUACUUAACGACAUCAUCGACAAGUGGCACAACUUGACAGAUUCAGACGAGGGAUCCAGCGACAGAGAAGCAGCGGGCGCGACAGUAGUCCUGCGGACGCACACUUGGUGGACCGUGUGAAGUCCAAAGCAUUUAAGAAAAUUACCUGAAUAUAAAGUUAAUAUACAUACAUAUAAAAAUGAAUUUUCUAUCUAAUGUACUCGACUCUAUUCCCGUUGUGGGUCACGUAAAAGGAGUUGUGCACUAUGCAGUUGGAGAUACAGAAGGAGGCAAUAAAGCCAUGUACCAAUCCACGAGAACAACCGCCGUAUUGGCGGGCGGCGCCGCCGGCUGCGUCGCCGGCCCCGCCGGCGCCGUCGCCGGGGCUAUGUCCGCAGGCUUAGCUACUGACGCCGUCGCAUCUAUAGCUAUGGAUAAGCCUCAAGGAAUUGUUGAAGGCUGUGAAAACAUCGGCAGAGACAUAGCAACUGGCAAUAAUCCGACCAGGUCUAUACUAACUACCACUCUUCAAGUUGGCCUAGAUGGAGUAGGCGGUUUAGGAAUGGGUGGAGUUUCCAGUGCAGCCAGUAACAUAUCUGAGAAAGCAGUAGCUAAAACUGUGGAAACUAUUGGAAAAAGGGAAAUGGCGAAAGUUGUUACCCAAAAAGUGUCUGAAAAAGCUGUGAAGAAAGCUAUAGAAAAGGCUGUUGUUCAAGCGGAGGUGGCAUGUGUGACUGCCCAUAUAGGAUUAAAGGCUUCGAAAAGAACAGAGGAGGAGGAAAAACAAAAAAGAGAUGAACAGCGUGCCAGAGAACGUAAGGAAAGAGAAAGGCAAUCUGGUGGAGGCUCACAACAAGGUCCCAUUCAAGGAUCGGGCUCCGGAUCCCAACCACCAAGGAAAAACCAAAACAAUAAUAAUAAUAAAAACACACCUGUUAUCUCUGAUGCUUUUAUGAAAUUAUUGAAAAAACUCUUAAAACAGAUCUACGGCAAUGAGAGUGAAGAGAUCUCUGCAAUUUUUGAAAAUCUCAAUGAAGGUCAGAUUGUAUAUUUGAAUGGUAUAAUUCAAGUCACAACUAAUACCGGUAUGUUAGAAGAAGUUGUCGAAUUGGUGAUAAGAACGUUUAGGGAACACAUGCCUAGAAGUAUUUCAUUUGAAAAUUUCCUAAGUCUAUUAGAGUUUUCUCGAGCAUAUCUUUUGAACGAAAUAGACUCUAGACAAACCGAGUCGACACAGUAUAAGCAGGGGACCGCGAGAGAGCGCCGCGCUCAGAUUCUUCGAGAUAUCAUGAGAGAAAAGAGUGUUGUUGAACGAUUAGUACAAUUGUUUAAAAGGUUGCAGGCGGAAAUCUUAGCGGAGACUGCCUCCCCAAAGAACAUAUCGCCAGAUUUUCGGGAUAUAUUCGCCGCAGUGUAUCAUUACUACAAGCAUAGGUGUGUGCCUGAGGAUGGUAUUCUGACAGUGAAGCAAUAUUACGACUUGAUAAGAAAGGUUUUAGCUCAGUUGAAGAAGAAAGCGAGGUACAGAAACGAAGUGGAGAAUCAGAGAGGGCCGGUGACGUGCAGAUAUGAGAUCUACCUGACUCUAUUCGGACGCCGGUUCCGCAUCGUGGUAAAAGUUCGGCGUGGCGCUCUCGUGCUCAGUUCCGCCUUCGUCGUGAAUAUAAGCUAUGUCGGCGACAAGGAGGACGACGAGCAUUUGAAAAUAGAGAAAAAGUGAACACAAUCUUGAUACGUCUUUCUAUUCCAAUCCGAUAUACAGUUUAAAAAUCAUAUUUUUAUAUUACACAUAAUGAAUUUGUAAUGUGACAGUUUUUUUUUAAUAUUACAAUGAGAGACAUAUCCAGAUUGCUUACUUUUGAAGCAAGGUGUAAAAUCGGGUUAAAGUUUAUGUGUGCAUUUCCUUUGAAUACACAAAUAAACAUAGAAACUUAAUAGGGCGUGAUUUCGCAGAUUUUGGGUAUCGAAUAUUUGUAUGCUAUGAUUUAGCAUGCUACGUAUUUGUUAUAGCAAUAUAUUAAAGUCAUAGACUAGACAUCACCAUGAAGGUCCUCGAGUCCCUUGGUGAGAGCAUCUAGUUUAACUACAACAAGUAUAUGUAUUUUUAUUUAGUGGACAAAAUAUUUUUGAAAGCAAUUUUACUUUUUAUGCCAUAUUUGCUGCCUGAUAAAUAUGGGAAAUUAUUUUAUACUUUUUUAUUGCAUUAUUAUGAAUAAUAAAGUGGUUUCUAAAUAUA